AGGAAGGCUGGAGCCCAAAUGUGAGGUGAAAAGGGAGACAUUAAGUUUGGGCUCCAGCCUCCCUAAGCAACAAGCUAAAGGCAGGAGCAGAACAGGCAUGUGGUAUUACUUUUGGGCUCCAGCCUUCCAGAGAAAGAAGCUGAAGGCAGGAGGCCAACUCUGUACUAUUAGUGGGCCACAUACAGACAGCCUCUGAGGGAAUUAUCAUUUCAAUUUGGCGGCCAUUAGUCCCCGCCCCUCCCCCGGAUCCACGGCAAUGAAUGUAUCUGUGCCCUGAGCAGGCUCCUCCUCCAUGUAAGGACCGUGUCCUCCCCUGAGCAGGGAAUCACAGAGCUGUGUAACCCAGGCAGCAGCAGAGCAACACUCAGGCUCCGGCAGGGUGAGAGGAGGAGGAGUAUCAGUAUCCUAAUGUGAAGAAGUGGACACGCAAGGACAGCAGAGGGCAGCCUGCCAGAGAAACAAGUCACAAGCACAUGGCACUGGAGCUCAGCCCUAGACCCUUCUCAUUGGAGUGAUCUGCCUGACUUCCCUCCCCGCUUUUAUACUACUCGGCGCUUACACGGAACUGCUGGGGAGGGGGAGCUGGACAGUAAUGCCCCAGUGAGUACCUUCAGCCCGCUGUCUGUCAGUCUGUAUGGCCGUGUAUCCGAAGGGAAAGAUGCUGUCCUUCUGGGUGCUGGAUGUGAGUGUGGAGGGUGUGCAGAAGAGGAGGAACCCAUCCAAGCACUAUGUAUAUACCAUUAAAGUUACGUGGUCAGACUCAACAUCUCAAGUUAUUUAUAGAAGAUACAGCAAAUUCUUUGACCUCCAGAUGCAAGUUUUGGAUAAGUUUCCCACUGAAGCUGGACAAAAAGAUCCAAAACAGAGAAUAAUUCCCUUCCUUCCAGGUAAAAUUCUCUUUCGGAGGAGCCACAUUCGAGAUGUUGCAGUGAGGAGACUGAAACCUAUUGACGAAUACUGCCGGGCUCUGGUCAAGUUGCCAGCUCAUAUAUCACGGUGUGAAGACGUUUUAAGAUUCUUUGAGGCUCGGCCAGAUGACUUGGAUCCUCCAAAGGAGGAUUAUGGAUCCUCCAAGAGAAAAUCAGCUCUGUCUUCUCUUCAAGUUUGGAUGUCCAGUUUGUGUGAGAUCCCUAAGGCUGACACAAGAGGUGCUGACGGGAACUCCGAGCCCAUUAUCCUGGACCAGUAUGUGGUGGUGUCCAACUACGAGAAGCAGGAAAACUCAGAGAUCAGCCUGAAAGCCGGAGAACUGGUAGAUGUCAUUGAAAAGAACGAAAGCGGAUGGUGGUUUGUCAGCACAACAGAGGAGCAAGGAUGGGUACCUGCUACUUACCUAGAUUCCCAGACUGGAACCAAAGAUGACUCUGAAAUUAAUACAUCCAAAUCAGGAGACGUAACUAAGAGGCGCAAGGCUCAUCUACGGCGCUUGGACCGGCGAUGGACGCUGGGCGGCAUUGUCAACAGGCUACAAAGCCGAGAAGAAAAGUACAUCACUGUGCAACCCUAUACGAGCCAAGGGAAAGAUGAGAUUGGGUUUGAGAAAGGCGAAACUGUAGAAGUUAUCCAGAAGAAUCUGGAGGGCUGGUGGUUUAUAAGAUACCAAGGCAAGGAGGGCUGGGCUCCAGCGUCCUAUCUGAAAAAGGCCAAAGAUGACAUCCCGUGCUGUAAGAAGAAUUUGGCUGGUCCAGUUGAAAUUAUAGGAAACAUCAUGGAAAUUAGUAACCUCCUAAACAAAAAGACUCCCAAUGACAAAGAGGGCCAGGGAGGAAACGACUCUGAAGAACAAACCAUAAGCAAGAAAGAAAUCAGCUUGCCUAUCCUGUGUAAUGACUCCAAUGGUAACUCUAUGAUGUCAUCGGAGCAGCAAGUAUCAAAGGUGACCCCGGGUUCCCCUGCCGUUGCAAGAAUUGCUCCACAAAGGAGUGAAAUAAGUGCACAUGUAGAGGAGGGAUAUCAGUCUCAAGACCCUCCAACUGGUUCUCCAAAUUUACGAAUGAAGCCUCCCCCUCGCAGAGAAUCUAGUUUGGGAUUCCAGCUACCAAAGCCACCUGAACCUCCUUCAGUAGAAGUAGAAUAUUACACUAUUGCAGAGUUCCAGUCUUGCAUAUCCGAUGGCAUUAGUUUCCAUGGUGGUCAAAAAGCUCAGGUGGUUGAAAAGAACUCAGGUGGAUGGUGGUAUGUUCAGAUUGGAGAAAAAGAAGGAUGGGCGCCAUCAUCUUAUAUUGACAAAAGAAAGAAACCAAACUUAAACCGGAGGACAAGCACAUUGACAAGACCCAAAGUUCCUCCUCCUGCACCACCAGUUAAACAAAAAGAUUCAGAGGAAGGUGUUACUCCCAUAACUUGCACUUCCGCUGAUCCCAAAGAGUCUCCAUCGAAACAUAUAUACGAGGAACCUGAAUAUGAUGUGCCUGCAUUUGGAUUUGAUUUAGAAGUAGAACUUAAUGUUUCAAACCAGAGUCAUGGAGGUGAUCUUAUUCAAGAAAAUAUGUUCCAGCCAUCCAGACCUUCUCCUGUGUCCUCUCUACUGAGUCCAAAAUUUAGAGUUGGUGAGUUUCCUGAUGACAUAACUAAUGAAGAGGAGAUAAUUUAUGAAAAUGAGGGAUUUAGACCAUUUGUGGAAGACGCUGUGUCAAAUAAGGAAUCAAGUGGUGACUCUGAUUCACAAAAGAGCUCUGUAAUAAUACAAAGAAAUGCGCCCACUGCAACAUCUUCAAAACCUCCUCUUCUAAAGUAUAAGUCUGAAAGAAAUGUCCAACAAGAAACAAAAAAUGUCUCCUUUUCAACAAGUGAGGAGAUAAAACCCAGGUCAGCUUCAGAUGUUGGUUUACAUGCUGUACCAAAGGUUAGUACAAAGAAAGAUGCUGAGCAAAAACAGGCAGUCGUCCCUUCAACAAGAGCAAAGCCAACAGUAAGACCGAAGCCUUUUUUAAGUAAAGCUGACUCCCAAAACCAAGAUAAAAUGGACAUAGGCAGUUUGAGGCGCCAACUGAGACCAACAGGUCAACUCAGAAGUGGGCUUAAAGGUUCGAAAAGUGAAGAAUCAGAAAACCCACCAAAGGCAGCAUCUGAAAGUGUUGAUAACAAACCAAGAAGACGUUCCGUGGAUCAUUCUUCCAAUACUUCUCAGUCUAUUACUAUAUCUAACAAUGACAAAAGUGAGGAAGGCAUUGAUCAAAAGAUUUUUUAUACCGCAACAAGCACCUAUCAAAAAGUCUUAGAUACAGAAAUCAGUUUCCCUAUAGGAGCCAAAGUAGAAGUUCUGGAAAAACAAGACAGUGGGUGGUGGUAUAUUAAGUACAAAGAUUCUGAAGGAUGGGCACCAUCGCACUUUCUAGACCUUGUGGAUAAUAAAAAGGCAGAUACCUCAACAGCUGAGUCUGAAUCCACCAAAAUGAAAAAGAAUGAAAAUAAGUCAAAUAGCUUGGAGAAGAUUGAAAAAAGAGUGCAAGCUUUAAACACUAUUAACCAAAGCAAACGAGCAACACCUCCCGUUCCUUCUAGACCACCAGGUGGAUUUUCCAAACCUCCAGGACCAGGAAGCAAUGUUGUAAAGUUGAGGAAUGGAGUAAAGCAAGUAACUGUAAGACCUCAGUCUGUGUUUGUUUCUGCUCCUCCAAAGGAUAAUAAUAUUUCUUGCAAUUUACGCAGAAAUGAAUCAUUGUCUGCCACAGACCACUUGAGAGCAGUUCGGCGAAACGCAUCUUUUAACACUGUCCGUUCUCAGCCAAAUCAGGCAAAAAUAAGUUUUUCUGCUAAACCAGAUGCAGAUUUGUCAGAAUCGGAAACAUCCGUCAGGCCUUCUCAAAAGAACGGCAUACCCGUGUCCACUGUUCGGCCAAAGCCAAUCGAGAAGUCUCAGUUCAUCCACAAUAAUCUCAAAGAUAUAUAUAUCUCCAUUGCAGACUAUGAAGGAGAUGAUGAGACUGUAGGAUUUCAGGAAGGGGUUUCAAUGGAAGUCCUGGAGAAAAAUCCAAAUGGUUGGUGGUACUGCCAAAUCCUUGAUGAGGGGAAACCAUUUAAAGGCUGGAUACCUUCAAAUUAUCUGGAGAAAAAGAACUAGUGUGACAGUUAAAUAUAUAUAAAUAUAAUUUAAAGAACUUGAGAUGUGUUUUUUAUAAGGUCUAUAUUGUUGGAAAAAAGAAACUGAAACAAGAUUUUUACAAGAUGAAGGCCACUGGCUGAGGAAUAUAUUUGUAAGAAACACAGGGUGUGAGAUCCAGUCUCGACUACAAAAUUUGAGUGCCUUCACUUUCAGGUCUGAAACACUACAGAAUGUUUAGAAUUGUUUAGGAAGUUAUUUUUUGACUCAAGAGAAAUCUUUUUCCGACAAGAAUGAUAAAAUGCGUUUUUUGCCAAGCAUGGAAUACUUGCAGCAAAAGAUCUAUAUACAUUGGGCACCGACUGCAUAAUAUCCUUAUGGAAUACUUCUGGUUCAUCUAAUUUUCCUUUUUUUCCCACAAAUGUAUGUGCAUUUGUUUCAGGUUUUUAAAGGUUUUGCGGAUUAUGGGAUAACUCUUAUUAGAGCAUUGCACUUGCGUCUCUUAUUUGGCAUUCAGGUAGUCCUUUUGUAAGGCUCUCUCCUUAUUUAGAAAUAUGGAUUAUAAUUUUUUUUUUUUUGGAGUGGUGGAGUUAAUAAUUUGAGGCAGUUGCUUGAUAAUCAGAAAAGUCUGUAACCACAUUUAAGCAAGUAGUUCUUUUAAACCCUUCGGUGUUCACAUGCAUAGUGUGUCCGCUAACCACCUCUGCUUUGCAUAGACAUUGUUUGGAGACACAUUAUUUUAUAUCCAGAAAGGUGUGCCAUGGAACGAGUGCAUUGUUGGCUGCCUUGUUUACAGAAUGUGCCAACGAUUUACAAUCUGUAGAAUUCUCAUUUGUAUAUAUUGUCUUUUUUAUCCUUUUGUUUUUCCAGAGCACGUGAACCAAAAGUAGUUGACCUUAAACAGAGCAAUGCAAAAAACAUUAACCUGCACUUCUUCUGAAAGAAGACCCAUAUCAUUAACCUGUGUUUAACAUUUUGGGUGGUUACUCCUAAAACAAAAAAUGUAUAAAAAAUAUGUGAGUAUAUAAAGAAGCAGCAGACGUGAGUGCACCACUGAUUACAAAGUAUAGUGUGCAAAGUCUGCUCCAUCUGUUUAUUUACAUAAGGAACAGAUCUCCGUCACAUUUUCCGGUGACCAAAAAGAUACAACUGAAGUUCCUUCCAUCGGUGUCUUCAUUUGUGUGUGUAUUUGUUCCUGUAGUCGAAUGUGUUAUGUAUUAUUUAUUCACACGCAGACCUUAGUGGACAAGAACAUGACUAAAUAAGACAAACACUUUGAACUCAGGAAUUCUUCAUUCAUUCACUUCAUAUUAAAUAUCCAGAUGAAAAACCAAACUGAUGUUGGGAUAUGUUGUAUGUCUGUCGUUUUUGUAUCAAGGGAUUUAUGUUACUGUGUGCGACUAGCUGCCAUUGUUUAUGUCUAACACAGCAAUAUGUAUAUAAUGUUGACAUUUUAAUGCCCUAAUAACAGCAAAAAUCUUUCUCAGAGCCCAAAUCUAUAUUCUCUGAUGAUGAUUGGUUAAUUCUGUCCCACACUACAGGGGUUAUUUAUCAAAGUCCGAUUUUAUCGCAACAUUUUUUGCUGCAAACUCCAAUCAAAUCCGCUCUGGUUUUUUAUGCUUAUUUAUUAUUAAAUUUUCCUGAAAAUUUGCUUAGCGGGAAAUCAGGUUUUCACAUUUUUUUGGGAUUUUUCAACAGAAAACACAGAUUUCUUAUGUUUUUUGCCCGUACAGUUUGGGGGAAUUAGAUGAAAUUGCGCACAUCAAAAAAUCAUUGGGACUUCUACCAUUGACUCUUAUGCAACCUCCACAGGUCUGAGAUGCCAGAUUUUGUAAUUCGGACUUUUCCAUCCUCUGGGUUUAAUAAAUUACGAAAAAUAAAUGAUUUAAUAAAAAAAAAAAUCAAAUGAUUUUUGCAUUCGGAGUUUAGUCAAUAACCCCCUCUGUGUUCUUCGGGCAGGCUUUACUUUAUUGAUCCUAUUAUUGUUAAAGUUGAAAGCAUCCGACAAAAAUUGCUUUUCACCACUAUAAUGUGCGUACGCUUGACAAUAUACAAGAAGCGUCACACUUACAAGAAAACAGCUUUGAUAUCAAGUUGGGCAUCACACAAAAACACACUACAAUUCAAAAUAUAGGUAUUCUGUGACAAUAUAAAAAAAUGUGAUUUUACUUGAUCAUAUCAUUCUACCCAAUGUUUUUAGCAAAAGGAAAGGGGUCUAUAGCUUGAAAACAAUAUUGCCAGUAAUUGGUAUACUCUAAGGGGCAGAUUUACUAAGGUUCGAAUGGUAGAUUAAAAUUUUUGAAUUGUUUUUUUGGUCAAAACUCACAAUUUUCGGGUCGUUCCUAUUCAUUCAAAUUUUAGACGUGUGAGUUUUUCAUAAAUAACCUCCCAUUUAAGUUGCGAGUACAUUUGAAUGUAUUAGAGUAAAAAAUAAAAUUCACAUAACUCUAAAAUUCGACCUUUUGUAAAUAACCCCGUAACUGUAUACCACAUAUGCCAAUGUAUUGGGCCAAUUCAAAAUUAUAAUUGGCUUUAUCAGGAUAUAACAUUUUUUAUUUCAGCUGAAAAAUGAAAUUUUUGAACUACAUUGCCACUUCUAUCAAGGUGAUAGUGGACACUCCAGCCUUAUGCUCAUUUUUAAACCUGGAUUUAUUAGUGGGUAAUAAAGAAAAUCAAUACGAACUGAAAUUCUAUUUAAAUUAGGCAACCAUAUUUUUUCCAACUAUUUGGUGAUUUUGGCUGUUUCAUUGCUAAUUUUGUAUAACUUGUAUAAUUUUGUAUUUUGUAUAACCAACCAGUUGCUGUUAUUAUGGGUUUUAAGCUUCUAGCCAAGCAUUUUUUGAAUGGAAGCACUAUAUAGUUCUGCUGGACAGUGUUAAAUAAAGUAAUACAUAGAAUAUCUGCUAGACUGCAGUACUAAUAGUAGUGAGUUACUUAUUAUUUUAAUUAUUAUUAAAUAUAACUAUGUUUUUUUUUCCAAUAA